GAAGCAGUCUGGUCCUUACAGCCUCCAGAGAAAUGGGAGUAGGGCCAAGGAGCCAGUCCUUGCGAGGCUCCCGACCCACCUACAGGAAGCUCCAGGAGGGCCGACUCCGCAGGGCACUGAGCCUCAGACAGGGGCAUGAGAAGUCCAAGUCCUGGGGCCUUGAGGGAGGCACAGAAGGGCUGGAUGCUCAGGAGCAACUGCCAGUCAGCUUGGGGGACACAGAGCAGCUGAUCCAAGCCCAGCACAGAGGCAGCUGGGUGUGGCUGAGGCAGUACCAACAGCAGGUAAGGAGAAGGUGGGAGAGCUUUGUCACCAGCUUUCCCAUAGUGACCCUCAGCCGGCCAGCCUCCCCAGAACCCCCACUGGGCACCAACAGCUAAAGAUGCUGGAAGCAACAGUCCCCUCCCUACUGCUCCUGGAUGAGACAGAUGUCUGCUGAUCUACCUACCUCGUCAUGGCUCUUCUGGACAUGGAUGGGGCAGCCUCCUCUGCGUGGAGUGGCCAGCUUUCCUUGCUUGGCACAACUAGGCCUCUGCCACUAGUCCCUGUGGGGAUGCCCUUCUAGUGCUGGCCCUUAGCAAAGACCCCCAAAUGGCUGAAAAGGAAGGCCCUGCUCUCUGCCUUCCAGGCUGGGAGGCCCUAUGGACUAUGAUCUGAAUGAGAGUCAUAGAAGCCUACCCACACGUGAGGGUGUCAAUGCCCUGCCCCACACAAGACCAGUUUUCAACUUCAACUGAAGCCAGCCCAUGGCUGAGAAGCUCCUAGACAUUUCCUGGUCACUGGGCUGUGACCCACCCGCCCUUCUCAUCAACCUCUAAUGUUGGACCACGGCACAGGUCUUCCUCACUGAUGCUGAGCCCUCCGGGCAAGGACCACAUCUGAGCAGUGCUGGUGGUCUGUGGCUUUGGAGCCUCACAAUAUCCCAGUGAAGGAAGCAGGGGAAGCCUUCCUCCCACCCACUGGACAGAGGGAGAAACUGAGGCCCAGAGGGGAAGGGAUUUACUACUUUUGGAAUCUCUAGUUCCCCUCCCAACCCCAUCCAGCACCCAACAUUAGGGUUGAACACAGUAAUAAAGAUUCUGAGCAUA